UGUUUUGCAACAUGGUGUAUAACAUGGAGAACGAAGUAAAGAUUGUUGUUAAAUGGAGUGGAAAGGAAUACGAAAUAUGUAAUUUAUCCGAGAGUGAUUCCGUUGGUACUUUAAAAAGUGCAAUUCAUAAAGAAACUGGCGUUCGUCCGGAAAGACAAAAGCUACUUAAUCUUAAACUUAAAGGAAAAACACCAGAAGAUGGAUGCCAGUUGUCGACACUUAAGCUCAAGCAAGGUUUUAAAGUCAUGAUGAUGGGCUCUCUAGAAGAAGACAUUGCUGAUGCUUCAGCCCCUCCUGAAGAUAUUCCUGAUGUAGUGAAUGAUCUUGAUAUUGAAGAUGAAGAGGUUGCAAUAGAAAGCAGAGAAGUGUACUUAGCAAAAAUUGAACGUCGGGUGAGAGAGUAUAAAAUCAACAUCUUGAAUGAGCCUCGACCGGGAAAGAAGCUGCUUGUACUUGACAUUGACUACACAUUGUAUGAUCACCGAUCAUCAGCUGAAACAGGUUAUGAAUUAAUGAGGCCAUUUCUACAUGAAUUUCUCACGUCAGCUUAUGAGGACUACGACAUUGUUAUCUGGUCGGCAACAAGCAUGAAGUGGAUUGAAGAGAAGAUGAAGUUGCUGGGUGUGUCGACUCACAGUGACUAUAAAGUUGUCUUCUAUCUGGAUAACCUCGCCAUGAUAUCGAUCUUUACCCCUAAGUAUGGAGUUGUGCAGGUUAAACCCUUGGGUGUAAUAUGGGGUAAAUUUGAUCAAUAUUCUUCUCGCAAUACGAUCAUGUUUGAUGACAUCAGACGCAACUUCCUGAUGAACCCUGGUAAUGGGUUGAAGAUUCGACCAUUCAAGCAAGCCCACUUGAAUCGUGACAAGGACAGGGAACUACUUAGACUUGCCAAAUACUUGAAGGACAUUGUUCAUGAAGAGGAUUUCAACAGUCUUGAUCACAAACACUGGGAGAAAUACCGGCCACGGAAGAAAGAUAAGCAUACCGUGAAGAAAGAAGCUGGGAACUCCGGAGAUAACAGAGACACCAGUGGUGCCAGAUAGUGCACACAACACAACUGUAGCAUAUGCACAUAGUUUAUAAGGCUUUUUUAAAGGUGGUUACUGAUUGUCAGCGUUGCAUUUCGUUUCAGUUACUCCAUAACUUGGAAAAGAAUUACAUUUACAGUUUGUUGAAUGUUGGUAGGAUCUGGUUAAGAGAACAGUGUGAAUAACAGCUCUUGUGUUAAUAUUUCAUAGUAUUUUUCCAGCUGGAUUUCUUUCUCUUUGAGAGUUAACGUUCUUACAGCAGUGACUGAACAUUUCUGUCUUAUGGCAUGUGAUGCAAUCUAGUAUGAUAGUAACUUAUACAUUGGCAGGUGACCCCAAGUAACUUUAAGAGUUACAGACAUGUUGUCUGCCACAUUAGCAUUGACAGCUUUAGAAGUCUGUUUGUAAAAGUGAGACCCAAAACUAAGCUUAAGAUUUUACACUAAAACAAGUCUACAAAGUUAGGUUUUUCUUUAAAAAUAAAGGUCUGAAGCCAUUUAAUGUUAGGCUUUGGGUUUUUGUUACAUGUAAACUCCUGUGGCUGACAGUGGUGAAGUUUUGAAGUUACUUCUGUCACCCAUUAAUACGUAGUAUGUAUCAGUGGAUGUUUGCCAUCAUUCCCUUGAAACACUGGUAAAUAUCUACCUGACUGCAAAGUGUCACAUCCAGGAAGCCAGUAAUAUUCAUGUUUUUUGCUGUUGAAAUCAUUGAAUUUGGGCCUUUUUUUUUUGUAAGGUCUGAAGUCUGAAAAUUUAUUCUGUUUACUUGCAUAAUUUCUUUCCUUUAAAUUUGAAAAGGAAACAGUUUCAAUUUGUUCCUUUCAUGAUUUACCCACAUUUAUUUAAUCUCUGUUGCUUUCAUGAUGUGUUGAAGAAAUGUUAGAACCUUGUUCAAGUAACUGGAAAUGCAUACAUUGUAUGAUCUGUAAUAACUAAGGUUCACAUGUUUUGGUAAGUAUAGUAAGAAUUAAGUAUAUAUGCCCUACAGUUGUGAAACAACUAUUUUCACACUAUGUUAAACAGUCCUGUUGUACUUUUUCUCUCCUGCUGUACAGUUGAAAAAAUGAGAAUUAAAAGGAAGAAAUUCAUGCAAGUGACUGUAGUUAUUAGUUAACCUUUCAAGCGUCAUGCUGUAUGCUGAUAACUCUACGGCUUCACCGUUUGUAAUAGGACAAGCAGUGACUUCAGUAGAAUCUAAUAAGUAUGAUAUGGACUAGUGAUUGGAGAGCAGCAGGUGUUGGAAUAGUUUUACAAAAAAUUUUUUGACUCCAACACAAAUGUGUUGUUCAUAAAUGUGAUGUAUAGAUUUUUACUUUGAUUAGUAAGGCUGUAGAACCAACCAUGAUUUCUAAACUCAAAGCC